AUGAGUUUUUCUUUCUUUUCUUCUCCCCCCCUUCACUUUCCUUCUCUCUCAGUGUCAGUGUGUUUCUGAGUGCGGACAAGGUGGCUGGGCCCCUUCAGCUCUACAGAAGUUCCUGAGGCCUCACGGACAUGAUGGGACUGCCAGGGACCAGCAAGUACAUCACCUUCCUCCUGCUUUGCCAUCUAGGCGGCCGAGGCAACAGCUGCUGCGUUGAGAAGACCUCGUACCCAGACGAAGCCUCAGGCUCCUCCUUAGGACCCAGGAACUUGAGUUGUUACAGAGUUUCCAGGACAGACUAUGAGUGCUCCUGGCAGUAUGAUGGCCCUGAGGACAAUGUUGCUCACUUCCUGUGGUGCUGUUUUGUUCCUCCAUACUAUGCCCACAACAACUUCAGCCAAAAGUGCUGCUGCUGCUUCUCCUCAGGCCGGUCCCGCACUGUGCAGUUCUGGGAACAGGACGGUAUCUCUGUGCUGUCCAAGGUCAACUUCUGGGUGGAGUCUCGACUUGGGAACCGGACCAUGAAGUCUCAGGAGAUAUCCCAGUACCUGUACAACUGGACGAAGGUCACCCCUCCCCUGGGACACAUCAGAGUGUCACAGUCACAAGGGCAGCUGCGAAUGGACUGGAAUGUGUCUGACGAGGCUGGUGCUGAGGUACAGUUCAGGCGCCGGAUGCCCACAACGAAUUGGACCUUGGGUGACUGCGGACCUCAGGUUAACUCUGGCUUACAUGGUAGCAGCUCUGAGUCCUGCCUCUGCCCUUCUGAGAACAAGGUCCAGGAGAUCCAGAUCCGGAGGAGGCGGCAGCUCUCCUCAGGAGCCCCUGGAGGUCCCUGGAGUGAUUGGAGUGUGUCUGUGUGUGUUCCACCUGACGUCCUUCCCCAGGCCAAGAUUAAGUUCUUGGUGGAGCCCCUGAACCAAGGUGGAAGGAGGCGUCUGACCGUACAGGGGCAGGCGCCACAGCUGGCGGUCCCGGGAGGCUGCCGGAACAGGCCUGGUGCGAAGGUGAAGAAGCACUUGGUGCUGGUGCGCAUGCUGUCCUGCAGGUGCCAGGCUCACACCUCGAAGACCGUGCUCCUGGGGAAGAUCCUGAACCUCUCCGGGGCCGCCUACGACCUGGAUGUGCUCGCCGAGACCCGCUUUGGUCGCAGCACCAUCCAGAAGUGGCCCCUUCCUGCCCAAGAGCUCCCAGAGACAAGAACCCUGAAUGUCAGUUUGGAAGGCAACAUGACAUCCGUGCAAUGGGCAGCUCAGGCUCCAGGUACCACCUACUGCCUUGAAUGGCAGCCGUGGGGCCAGCACAAGAACCACACGCACUGUACCCUGAUCGCACCGGCAGAAGAGGACCCUGCCGAGAGGGUGACGCACAGCUGGAGCUCCAAGCCUACCCUGGACCAGGAGGAAUGUUACCGAAUCACUGUCUUCGCCUCCAAGAACCCCAAGAAUCCCAUACUGUGGGCCACAGUCUUGUCCAGUUACUACUUUGGCGGUAACGCCUCGAGGGUCGGGACUCCACGCCACGUGUCGGUGAGGAACCACACCAGGAACUCGGUGUCCGUGGAGUGGACGGCGUCGCAGCUGAGCACUUGCCCAGGGGUCCUGACGCAAUAUGUCGUGCGCUGUGAGGCUGAAGACGGCGAGUGGAAAUCUGCAGAGUGGCUCGUGCCACCCACAAAAACCCAAGUAACACUUGGCGGGCUGCGCAGCCGUGUGAUGUACAAGGUUCAGGUGCGAGCCGACACUGCGAGGCUCCCAGGCGCCUGGAGCCAUCCCCAGCGCUUUAGCUUUGAGGUGCAGAUUUCCCGUUUAUCCAUCAUUUUUGCGUCUCUGGGAAGCUUCGCCAGCGUCCUCCUCGUGGGCAGCCUCGGCUACAUUGGCUUAAACAGGGCAGCCUGGCACUUGUGCCCACCCCUGCCCACACCUUGUGGCACCACUGCUGUGGAGUUCCCUGGCAGCCAGGGCAAGCAGGCUUGGCAGUGGCGCAACCCUGAGGACUUCCCGGAGGUGUUGUACCCGCGAGAGGCGCUGGUGGUGGAAAAGCCCGGGGACGGAGACGACGGGACAGAGUCGUCCCAGGCCGCCCCUGAGCGCGCCCUGGACACAAGGCGGCCCUUGGACACUGAGAGGCAGGUGCAGAGACUCUCAGAAGCCAGGCGCUAUCAGAGGGAGGACUAUCCCCGUGGUGACCUGGCCCACGUGACACUCCCGCUGCUCCUGGGAGAUGUGACCCAGGAAGCCUCUGUACUUGACUAUCUUUGGAAGACCCAUAAGACCUCGGAACCGGGACCGCCCACUUUGGGGCAAGAGGCCUGACUGUUGCAUCUACUCUCCAGCCUGCUCCCACCUCGCGAGCCCCUGAACUGCAACAGCUGCUCACAAUGGCUGUCCUGUUUCAUAGAUGUGACUCUUGAGGCCCAGAGAAGGUGACUGUCUGGCCUGAGGUCACACAGCGUUUGCAGGACGCAGACCCAGGCGUCCCCCACCCCACCCCCGUGCUGUCAGCACACCCCUAUCUUCCACUCCCACCCACUCUCUCCAGCGCCUACAGCCACAGGCUGCUGCAGGCAAUUACAGCGCCUGUGAGGGGAACACAGAAACUGUCAAGAGGGGAAAAUCGCAGCCCUGCUUGGUAUCCUCAGGGCAAGGCUGGACCCCAUCACUGGUCUGUUUACUUUGGGAGGGGGUCCUUCCAGUCUGAGGGGACAUGGUCACAGGGUCAGUUUGCCUCCAGCGUCCUGGGCUGGGGUCCAGCCCCAGGAGUAGUAGACAGGAUGAAUCUAGAGCGUCAUAAAUUAGGUCACCUAAAAAAAAAAGCUGGGCCUAGACAUCCACAGAAAGGUUACACAUCUGGACUCAGUUUCCCUAUUGGAUGGAGCUUUGGGCACUUAAUAAAUGGGCCUACCCAGAGACUGAUAAACUGAA